AUUAUUUCUAUUUCUCCUCUUCAGAACACGAAGACGGAACCAGCUUUUCUGAAAAAUAUGAACACAUCGGUGGCUACAGUAAUCUUAAUGUGUCUUCUUGUUUCGAUGCCAAUUGUCAACGGCUUCUAUUUGUUCUUCCCUCAAGCCAAUGAUCGUAUCAUGGCUCUAGAAGUUGCCGAUCAGGUUGUAGCGAAGCAAUUGGCAUCAGAUGGAGAUUUGUUAGUAGAUCCAGAAGAAGCAAUGAUGGAAGCAAAAAGGGCAUCGUCAAGCCGGGGAUCAGUGAUGCGACGACGAUCUGCUGGAAGCUAUGCAUGUCCGUGUCUGCACAAGGUUUGCACCUAUCAUUGCAUGACAAAGUAGAAAUCAAUGACAUACAACCUCUUCCACCUGCUCUCCGAUCAUACAUCGAAUAAAUCAGUUGAUUCUAGUCUCUUCCACUCCAUCCAUCACAGCCACAAAAGUUUAGCGUCUAGGAAUAAGAUCUAAUUGGCUCUAAUGUUCUUGUAAUUUUCCUCCUUUUUUGACAAACUCCCGGUCCAAAAUUCGAAAAAAAAACACCACAACACGUCGAUGUCGACAAAAAACCCUUUGCCAUAACUCUAACUCUUCUCCAUUCCAUCAGCCUCUUUGACUAUAUUUCAUCGGUUCACAUGCAUACCUAAAUUUGUCUAUUCUACUAUCUUAAAUUCUACUAACCAUCCUUCUAUACAUUAUAUGUAUUGAUUCGUUGUCAUUUCAUUCGCAUAAUGUAAUUUCAUAUUUUUCAACCAUGAAAAGACACCAAUUGGGAUAUUUAAACCUUUUUUAAAAAAGCUCGUGCACACCCCUCUUUCUGUUUUCACUAAAAAAUAUAAUGGUGAUAAAGAAAAUAAUUCUUGAAGAUCCGAGAAUGACCACAAUAAAACACAAAUCGUUUUUUCCUUUUUGAAAAUAAAUGAAGAUGUAUUGUUGA